AUGUCGCACAUUGAUGAAGAUGAGGAUUACGAUGAUGUUGAAAAUGAUGCCGGUGGACAAUUAAACGACAACAUGGAUGAAGAUUUCAACGCUGUUGUUCAGUCGUCUCAUUUAUCUCGUUUGCAACAAUAUGCUAAUAUGCUGGAGUUUCAACGCCAACAACUUAUGCAUGUUCAUGAAGCAUUUCAGUUUAAUCCGCCUAUGACACGAAUCCGGUAUAGGCAUUCCACGUACAAUGGGGAGGACUGGAUUAGUGAACUCCUCAUGGGGCACGAUGGAAAAUUCUACGAUGCAAUGGGUAUGGACAAAAAAGUUUUCAAAUUGCUUUGCAAAGAAAUAAAACAGACGGGUUGUCAUGGUGAUGCAAUACAACAAAAGGUCCGCAUCCAAGAAAGUGUUGCGGUGUUCUUGCAUACGAUAAAAGGACACCAAAGACAUCGACACGCUGCGGAGACAUUUCGACGAUCUACAGAGACGAUUAGUAAUCAUGUACAUAUCAUGAUCACUGCCCUUCGCACACUGGCUCCCAAAUACAUACGUCCUCCGAAUUUUACUCGUGUUCCUCAAUGGAUACAAAAGAAUCGAUAUCUAUAUCCAUACUUUAAGGAUUGCAUCGGUGCCAUCGACGGAACCAUCAUACCGGCUUGGAUUCCUGAAGAAGAUCAUGGGAAAUACAGAUGUCGAAAAGCCUAUGCCAAUGUCCCGGGAUUCCUGUCACCUUACCGUGAUGAUAGGUACCAUCUUCCGGAGUGGAUUCGCUCUAAUCAAACACCUAAAAAUGCGAGAGAGCUCUUUAACAGACGUCAUGCCACCGUCCAUAAUGUGGUCGAACGUAGCUUUGGUAUAUUGAAAGGUAAGUUCCCCAUUAUAAAAGGCCUAAUGCCAAACUACACGACUGAGUUCCAAACAAACAUAUUUAUCGCAUGUUGUGUUGUACACAAUUUCAUCCUUGAGCACCAAAAGUUCGAGAACGUAUCGCCGGCCAUUCUAAAACCGGAUUACAUAACAGAACCAGAUGAAGAUGAUCAUACAACGCCUUUGAUGACAACUUUAGAUACCUCUAAUGUUGGUGUGCGUGAACAGGCUGGUUUGCGAUUCGAUUGCUUCCGCCUUAUGGGCCGAUCAAGGGGGAAGACGUCGGUAGUUGCUAUUAUGUUUUAUUUAUUACUAGUGUAUCCCAAAUUUUAA